CCUGCUGAGUUUUCCAGCACAUUCUACUUUUAUUUCUGAUUUCUGGAAUGCACAGUUCUUUUUUUUGUUAACAUUAGAUUAAUGUUGAAUGUCUCAGGAACAGCAAAUUGACACAAAGAUGGUGGGCAUGUGCAAGUGAAAUAUUUAAAAGGAUGGAGACUGAAGCAGCAGAAGUCAACCUGUGUUUUACUUUUGGAGUCAUAGCAGACAUUCAGUAUGCUGACACAGAGAAUGGCUUCAAUUAUUCAAGGACAAGAGAACGUUACUAUAGAAACAGCCUCCAGUUACUCCGCAGUGCUCUUCAAGAAUGGAAUGAAGAAGUGAUCACUCCCAGGUUUAUUCUGCAGCUUGGUGACAUCAUUGAUGGAUGCAAUUCACAGCUAAAGUCGUCAGAUCAUGCACUUCAAGUGGUCAUAAAUGAAUUUGCAAAGUCUCUGUCUCCAGUUCACCAUAUCUGGGGAAAUCAUGAAUUUUAUAAUUUUAACAGGGAGCAGCUACUUAACUCAUCUCUCAAUAGCAAACACUUAGGAAAUGGCAAACUCUUUGACAAUGGAGACAGUAACAUUAAAUCAGACUUGGACCCUGAUGAUCCUGAUGCCUUUUAUGGCUACCAUUUUAGUCCAUUUCCUAAAUUCCGCUUCAUAUUAACUGACACAUACGAUCUCAGUGUUCUGGGAAGGAAAAAGGAUAGCAAGAAACAUCGCUAUUCGCUACAGAAACUGAAAUCAAACAACAGAAAUGAAAAUCUUAAUAGCCCCAAAGGUCUCGAUGGACUGAAUUCACGCUUUCUGGCAUUCAAUGGAGGUUUCAGUCAAGAACAGAUGGAAUGGCUAAACAAGAUACUCACUUUCUCUGAUAAUAACCAGGAAAAGGUUACAGUUAUUGGUCAUCUUCCUGUCCACCCAUACUCGACAGAUCCAAUGUGCAUUGCCUGGAACUAUGAUGAAAUCCUCUCGGUGUUGCAUGCACACACAAGUGUAGUGUGUUUUAUCGCAGGCCAUGAUCACGAUGGUGGUUACUACUUGGAUGAUCAUGGAAUUCACCAUCUUACCUUGGAAGGUGUGAUUGAAACACCACCAGAAAGCCAUGCAUUUGGUACUAUUCGUGUAUAUGAAGACAGAAUGAUUUUAAAGGGAAGGGGCAGGAUUCCUGAAAGAGUUCUACACUUUGACAAACAUAAAUGAAUGAGGCAUAAUCUUGUGAGGCAUGCAGACCAUAAUCACACGAUGCUGUGUACUGUCCAAUGAAUUUCUCCAUUUUAAUAACUAAACUCAAAUGGCAGAGCAAUGGAGUUGUAUUGGAAAAUUAAAUGCAAAGAAUUUAAUAGUAAAUUUAGAUAGCAGUAAUUGAAGUUUCUCACUGCAAUCAAAAAAAUCUGGUCGGCAAUUUUUACUUUAUAGCACUGUUUUACUUGAGCAUGGCACUAUUUCAUCUGAACCCUUCCGUUUUGCAUUACCCUUGUGUUGCAGUUCAAGCAGCUUUUAAGUUAAUGCACGUAAACGUAGGCCCUUGCUAGUCACGAAUUUCGUGUUGUAAACAUAUAAUAUAAAUUUUGUUACGUUAUUUGAAUCUUUGCCUUACUAAAGAUAGAACAGGGUGAUCAAGAUUUUGCAACAUGGGAUGGGAUAUUUAUAUUAUUAAUUAGUAUUAAAAGGGGAUUUACUUGUUCCUCGAUAAAUAGACAGACACCAAAACUCAAUUCUGAAAUGAGUGCUUGUAAAAUUGUGCAAAGACAGGCUCAAGUCUUCACCAGUUGUCUUUUUGGAACAUAAUACUGGAAAUGAGAGUCUCAACUUUGGUUACUUCAAACUUUUCAUUUAAUUAUACACAUCAAAAGCUCAUGGCAAUAAUUAGGCUCACGCCUGAAACCUGGCUAGAGUUUAGAGCUUGCUUCCAUACAUUUCAUAGUGACCAUGUGUGGAGGUAGGAAAGAUGGUAAAAUACCUUGUGGUGUUUGAUAUUGCGUGGCUAUUAAUGAAGUUAAUUAAGUAGAAAGGCACUGCUUAAGGCAGCUUGUUUAAUUGCUAAGGAUAUUUUUCAGUCCAUUGUUACAUAGUUUAGGGAGUCCAAAAAAGAAGGGAAAGAUUGUUAAUUGUUUAGACCAACUCGUGAAAGUGAGUAUUUUCCCAUCAAAAUAUUAUCUGAGGAGGAGCGUAACCCAAGUCUUUUAUAUUUUGAUACAACCAUCUUAUUUCAAUUAUGAUAAUGGAGCGAGAGAAUACAAUACCUGGAUAGGUUUAAGAUAUUUGAAAUGUGUACCUCGAAAAGCAUAUGUACACAAAAUGAGCUUCCAUUAAAAGGAGUGUAAGCCUGAAUACUAAUGUGCUUAGUGAACAUUGUGUUAGAAUGAGAUUGAAAUUAUAAGGAUAAGUCUGGCUAUAAAUUAGCCAAAAUCUAUGACUCAAAAGAUUGAGUGUUCAAAUUGAUGCACUCUGAUGGAGUGUUUUUUUUAUUUAUCACUUAUGGGUACUGCUGGAUGGCCAACAUUUAUUGUCUAUUCCUUGUUGCUCUUGAGAAGGUGUUGAUGAGCUGCCUUCUUGAACUGCUGCAGUCCAUAUCCCUUCGAUAGACCCACAGUGUCCUCAGGGAAGGUAUUUCAGGAUUUUGGUGCAGCCACAAUGAAAGAAAUGCAAUACAUUUCCAAGUCAGGAUUAUGAGUGGCUUGGAGGGGUGCAGGUGGUGGUCUUCCCAAUUAUCUGUUGCCUUUGUCCAUCCAGAUGGAAGUGGUAUGGGUCUGGAAGAUGCUAUUGAAGGAUAUUUGCUGAAUUUCUGCAGUGCAUCUUAUAGAUAGUACGUAUUGCUGCGACUAAGCAUUGGUGGUCAACACAGUGGAAAUGAUGUCAUUCGAGCAGGCAGCUUUGUCCUGGUUGUUCUCAAGCUUCCUUGUUAUUGGAGCUGCAUGUAUCCUGGCAAGUGGGGAGUAUUCUACCAUACUCCUUACUUGUGCCUUGUAAAUGGCAGACAGGCUUUGGGGAGCCAGGAGGUGAUUUACUGUACUAUUCCUAGCUUUUGACCUGAUUUGUAGGCACUACAUUUUUAUGGCAAGCUCAGUUGAGUUUCAGGUCAGUGGUAACUCUUAGGAUGUUGAUAGGUGAUGAUACCAUUCAGUGAUGGUAACUCUAUGGAAUGUCAGUGGCCAGUGUUUAGAUUGCCUCUUAUUGGAUUUUGCCAGGCAUUUAUGUGACACAAAUGUUACAUACCCAGGCUUGGGCUGACUU